GUUUAUAGUAAAUGAUGAGUAAGCUGUCCGUAUACAUCACAGUUUAUCUUGCAAUAGCUUUCACGAGUUUGCAGUUGCUUUUAUAAAGAAGAAUAACCACGAAGAAAGAUGCUUCAGCGUAUCGUGCAUAAAGGAGAAAUUUUGUUCCUAGUAUUCUUCUUGUCCCUGCAGGGUAUAUUCAGUAGCUGCUGCUUCGGAUUUAUGUCUCCUUAUUUCUAUCCACCUGCAAUGCGUACAUCUUCGAGUGCAAAAACUACUUACUCGUCAAGUGUGAUGCACCUGCCACAUUAUCCUGAUAAAACAGAGGUCAUAAUGAUUGGAGGCCAGAGGGGUGAUCACCACCACCACCAUCAUCAUCACCAUCACCAUAAACAUGGUCAUCAUCAUUCCCACGGCCACGAUCAUAAGCAUGAUCACAAUCAUGAUCAUGACCACAAACAUGGCCAUGACCACAAACAUAACCAUAACCAUGGACAUGACCACAAUCAUAAUCAUAAUCACGGUCAUGAGCAUAAGCAUAACCACAAUCAUGGCCACAAUCAUAACCACAACCAUAAUCAUGGUCAUCACCACAAGCAUGGGCAUAACCAUGGUCAUGAUCACAAGCAUAACCACAAACAUGGUCAUGAUCACAAGCAUAACCACAAUCAUGGCCAUGAUCAUAACCACAACCAUAAUCAUGGUCAUCACCACAAGCAUGGGCAUAACCAUGGUCAUGAUCACAAGCAUAACCAUAACCAUGGUCAUGACCACAAGCAUAACCAUAAUCAUGGACAUAACCAUAAGCAUGGCCAUGGGCAUGAUCACAAACAUCAUCACGAGAAUGAACACUCACACAAGCAUCAGCAUUUGAAUAAACACAGUCAUGGCCAUCAUCACAAUAAUCAACACAACCAUCAGCAUUUGAAUAAUCAUGAUCAUCAACAUCGUCAUAAUAAUCAACAUAAACAUCACCAUUUUAGUCAACAUGGUCACAAACACCGCCAUAAUAAUCUGCAUCAUCAUGCCAGCCAACAUGAAUACGAACAUCAUCACGGAUCCAAAGAUGCAGGAUAUGCUAAUGUGCGAUACAGGUCAAAUGAAAACCCAAAUAAUUACGAACACAUUCAAGCUCCAGAAGGUAAUUACGAUCAAACACCAAGUUACCAAACUAAUGGAGAUGGCUACAGUAAUCAGCAAUCUAUUGAAAACCCUGAAAAUAAUUAUUCAUUUGAAAAUGACGAAAUCGUUUCAUUAAAAUCGUCAGACGAGGAGACUUAUCAACCGCAGUUCGAAUCAGAAAAACUUAUCAGCAAUCCUUCAGUUGGACACAGUAUCGAAAGCAGGCUUUCGGAUUCUUUGAAUUUCAUGCCACUUGCUGCGUUGACAUCUGGUGAAAUAGUUUCUGAGUCUUGGAUUUUACCAAAUUUCUACUAAAUAGCAUCUUCAUCUCAAAAACAAGACCAUUGAAUUCAUCUUCUAAUGUUUAUUCUCCUAAAUGUAAAUUUGCUAGAUAAAAUAAAAAUAUUUCUAAUUUA